GCUAAAACAUUAAUGGCAUUAGUGUUUUUAUAUAAAUUUAUUUGCAAAAAUUUCUUUUACUACCAUCAAGUGCAACUUUGCAACUCUGUUGUAAUGAAUGUAGAAAAUACGACGAAGAAAAUGCGAAAAAGGAUACGCUACAACGCAGAUAAAAUUUUUCUUUACAAAAAAUGGAAAUUAUCAGUUGAAUUUGCGUAAUUGCUAUUAAAAAAAUUCCUCUUUUAUGCAAUAAAUAUAUGUUGCAUUAGCUUUUAAGUGUUUAAACACAUUGGAACAUGAAGAGAAACAGUUGAAAUAAUUCCAAUAAAAAGGUAACGCAAAAAAGUAGAAAAAAAAAAGAAAAAAAAAAAACAAAUGAAAAGGUAAAAAGAAAAAGUUCAAAAUGUUUUAUUAUCCAGCAAACGUUGUCGCAUUCAUUAUCGCUUUCGCAGUGUCUUAAAACAGAUUAAUAAAUAAAAUUUCGCGAUCAACCAAGAUUUUUGCACCUAGGAUUAAUAGUAUAUAAUAAGUUACCGAGAGUUGAGGGUUGAAACCCUCAGUUCUGGUAGAGGAUAAGUGCUCUUCUUGUUUUCUUAAUUAAGUGUACUGAGAGGAUUGUCAUUUGGAUAUAAGGAUAACGGCGUAGAUUUUUUGCUACCAAAGGGCAUAUUCGUAUACGAUAACCUUAAAGCCGCGAUAUGACAGAUAAAAAUGGGCAAGGAGGGCAGUGGUUGAAAGGAACAGCUGCAAUAUCAGCACAAAAACAAAUCCAAGGAGGCCCAUCUGUGUAUGGGUCUGGCGUAACGUUAAGAUCAUCUCAACCGGCUUCUAAUGCUUUUUAUGGCGGUGCCAGCGUUGGUAGCCACUCAUCCGAUAAUUUGUCAUAUGCAGCUAGAUUUCAAGCCCCUCCAUUAAGUCAUCAUUCAACAGCAUCAACUUCGAAUGCAAUACCUUCCUCAGUCACCUCCAACGUACCUGCACCCAGCGGAUUUGUUCCGCCUCUGUUUACACCAGCUGCUACGCCAACGACAUCAGUACUAACAUCCAAUCCAUAUGCUGCGGCAUCUUUAACAGGUCAAAAUUCCGCUUGUACCACGAGCGUAUAUCAGCAAACAACAUCGCAAUGCCUGGGACCACAAUCAACUCACUUUGGGGUUGAGCAGUUACGACAUUUGAACCCACAACAACAGUACGAACUUAGUAAAUUGAUGGCAGUCUCAUUCGGCAAUAGCCAAUCAAGUACGGUCGUCGACAGUCAUCAUCCUUCAGCUACAUGUAAUACGUCUAAUGUCCCCCACUCAAAUUCAAAUACGAUAUCGCGUCAGUCUCAGCCUGGUGCUGAUCAAACUGUAUCGGGCGUAAUAAGUAGUCAACUUGCUGAACAUGUCAUAAAUACUAUUACUUGUGGUAAUAGUGCUACCAAAUUAGCUACUGCUCCCUCGCAUGGUCGAUUAAUGAGUUUGGGCGUUCAUGUACCUGAUGAUGAUAAACUCAAACGGAUACAAUACGUUGUGGAGACAGGAGUAGGGGAUCAUGCUAAGCAACAAAUUACGCAGAUUUUGGAUCGUAUUUCUGCUUUAAGACCGGUAGAGAAACUUUUACUUUAUUUACGAUUACCUGGCGAAACUCCGGAAACCGAUCCAUUGCGGCAACCGCAAAAUCCUUUAGGCACUCGUUCAGAGAUUAAUCAUACUAUUAAUUGGGUUCGUACACAUUUAGAACAAGAUCCACAAGUCUCUAUCCCGAAACAAGAUGUCUACAAUGAUUACAUAGUCUAUUGUGAGCGUUUGGAUAUAAAGCCUUUGUCCACAGCCGACUUUGGAAAAGUAAUGAAACAGGUCUUCCCGGGAAUAAGGCCGCGUCGUCUGGGUACUCGUGGUCAUUCACGUUACUGUUACGCUGCGAUGCGUAAAACUAGUAAACUACCUGCUCCUCAUUUACCCACAUUUAGUACGACGACAACUACUAUGUCAAACGAUGCGGAUAAUGCAAGUGUUGAUGAUACCGAAGAUCAAGACGAGAGCUGGAAUAUUAUCAAAGAGUGGGCAGAGAAUAUUUUGAACUUUAAAGGAAAUGAUUUAAAAGAUUUAGCCAAUCACAUCAAAGGAAAUACAUCGGCGUCGACAGCUGGUAGUCAAAGUGCGUACACGGGAGCUGUUCGAGGGACUAAUGUUACUCACAAAAAAUAUGCACAACGCGAGCCCAAAGAAAAACGUCUUCUAGUGGAUAUGGGACCUCUCAAGAAAAGACGUAAAAAGAAGCGAAAAGGUUCAUCAUCAUCAGAAUCAAGUUGCAAUCAAUCUGUUGGAAUAGAUCGUGCCGCACAUCAGCAAUUACCGCAAGAGCAAUUGCAAUUGUCACCGUCUAACAGUUUUCAGAGCAAUCAGCAAUCCAAUUUGUCGCCCGCCAUGGACGAUGGGCAAAAAUCAAUGAAAAUGAUCAAAAUUAAACAGGAAGUUUUAGAUACACCCAAUUACACUCCAAUGAUGGCACAUAUGCCACUAAAGUCUUUACAAGAUGAUAAUUGUACACAUCCAGAUGAUCAUUCGUCUUUAGUCCAUAAUCAACAACAACAACAACACCAACAACAACAAAUUUUGCCCAUGAAUUUGGCGUCUGAGAAUCGCGGAGGAUUAGUGAUUGCACCUCUAUCAAGUGCUUUUGAGCAUGUCCGACCAUCUGCUUCGUCUGUGGGUGCAGCGAUAAAGAAUUUGACUCCAAAAAUAAUGGAAUUGUCGUCAGAAGAUCCAAUUGUUAGCCUUGCCCCUGCUAAUAUCACUAUUAAGGAGGAAGUCUUGGUAGAUGAUUAUAACACUGCUAAUAUUUUUUGCAAAAAAGUGCUUAAAGCUCAACAAACCAAAGGCUUUUAUGCCAAUUCGCCAAAGUCUUCUACUUCUACGUCAUUGCCUAUCAUAACAACAAGUGCAUCAACUCCGCCCCCGGUGCCAGCGAGCGUUAUUGCAACAACUAAUAACAGUCUUGAGCAGGGCGUGAUUACUGCUGCUAGCAAUUUUUGUAUGGGACCACCAACUCUACAAAUGGCACCUUCUAUCAGUCCAUCUAAUCAAUCAUUGCAUGAAGACACGCAUAACAUCACCCAACCGAAAGUUUUGUCGCGCAAUUUGCAGCAAUUACGUGCCAAAAAAUUUAUAAUGGCUACAACUGCUAAUGCGUCAACUUGCGAUGCACCCGAUUUAAGUGCAGUGAAGGGUGCAGAACUACCUGAGAGUUUAGGUCUACCUAGGGAGCGUGUCAUAAGCAUUUGCAAUAUGGAUAAACAUGAACUCGACGACUAUUUCUUACCUGUAGAGGAAGAAAAUUCUGAAGAUCAAGAAACUGAACUGCUUCAAUAUUUUCAGAUGGGAGACGCUGAGGAAAAAUUAGAUAAAAAUUCUUCCUCUGAUGCUAUGCGAAACAACAUUAACAAUCCAACAGUCACAGAUUCAUCGUCACCACUGACGACAACGCAAUCUACAUCUACAUCAAUUACAAUAGCGGCAGCGGCAACGACGACCGCAACUACAACUGUUGUAAAUAAAUUGACAAUGCAAACGGUAAGUCAUAUCACCAUACAUCCAACAUCAUUAAUUUCGCCGGUGUUGAUGGAAAAUGGUAAUAAAAUCAUACAUACUUCGCUCAUGAAAGCGGUUGCCAAAAAUCCGAAUGCAAUUGAUGAGUCAAAAACAGUUGUUGCUUCGUCCUUGUUAACGCCAUCAGCUGUUGGAUUUGCCUCAGCGUCUCUGACACAAUUGUCACAAAAGCAUCAUCAUCAUCAUCAUCAUCAUCAUCAACAACAACAACAACAAAAACAGCAGCAGCAGAAAAUAGAGUUGCCACAGCAGAAUGAAAAGCAUACAAUUAAAAGGAAAAUAAAUUUAAACACAUCUACUACGCCAGAUAUUGCUGCGGCUCGUAAAAACUAUAGUUUCCUACCGAUAUCGCCGAAUAUAAAUUCGACAUCUUCCAGUAAUACUUCUGGCAAUAACGCAGGAUUUUUUGCAAGUCCCAGCAUGUCGCGUUUAUUAACCAAACAGCAAUCUUUGGAUUGUGAUUCAAGUGAUCCUAUGAUAGGAUCAGGACGACGUAGACGUAGUUACUUUAAUGUUACUUCAGCCUCUGCACCACCUAGUCCAUCGGUGCUUAAACAACAAAAAGAACAGCAAUUCUUUGGCAUGCAAAAUUCAUUUCUCACUGAUCAGUGGUUGGGACCUGGUUUACCGGAAAAUGCUCAUGUCGCUUACAAUGGCAAUUCAUUAGAAACGGGUAACACGGCAGUGCCAGCUGGUAUGCUUUCCGAUCAAAACUCCUUAGAUUUGGAUCUCUUUGGUGAGGCGACAGCUACCACAGUUCCCUCGACUGUUAAUAAUGUUAUCUACAAUAACAGAAAUAAUGUGGACGCCAUUCUUAAUAACAGUACAGCCGCAAUGGGCGGCGACGGUAACGAUGGCUUCAUCUCACUUAACGAAGUUACACAGCGUUCGCAAUCGGUACCGCUGUCACAAUUGCAACGUAGCCAUUCUCCCAGUUUUAAUCGUAGCUUUCAUGCAAGCACAGUCAAUGCUUCAACCACAUAUUCAGCUUGCGCUUCUUUGGUUCAAACCCCCGUGCCAACCGACUUUGGUGACUCAACGACAAUGCUGUCAGAAAAUAGUUGCAGUCAGCAAAGUGCUACUAUCAAAUUAGAAGAGGUAGCGGGGGUGGUUGCCUCAGAUUCGACAGCAAUACUUGACGAUGUAGACGUCAGUGAAAUAUUGUCUUCACCAGAUUUUGUUACGAAAUUUUCGAGUAUAGCGCAGUCUGGGACAGCAAUAACAACUUGUUCCUCGGCCGGAUCAUCAUCAGGUUAUAGCAGUGCUGGCCACUUUAACUCGUCAUUAAGCAGCUAUGGCGGCGGUGGUACGUCUUCGACAGCGGCGUCACGUUCAGUACCUUCUACACCCCUGCCGCAUCAAAAUCAACAAAAUAGUUUUAGUAGUGGACGUCGUUUCGGAUACGCCCAUUCAAUUAGUAAAGGUUCAGAAAAUAGAUUUGGCAAUGCGACCAAAGGGAUUGGAUAUAAUGCGAGCAUAGUAGGAUCCUCACUUUUAUCACGUUCCGCAUGUGACAUAUCAAAGUCGAUGCCGUCAACACCUAUUACUACUACCCCAAGUAGUAGCAGUUUUCGUUAUAGCCCGUCAGAGAUAACACGCGAUUUUCUUAUCAAUGGCAACACAAUCGACGAUAGUAUAACCUCAUCUUUUAACGGAGUAGACAAUGAAAAUCUUAUGGGGUCAGAUGUGGUCGGGGUAAAUGCGCCCCUGACCAGCGAUUCUUUAUUAUCAGUAGAUAACGAUUUGGUAAAUGGUAGUACAAAAAUUGUCGGUUGUCUGAACAAUGCUCCUGAUUUUACAACGGCACAAACCGAUGCAAAUCAUCUCAAUAUAACGGGGGGUGGUGUGGGUGAGUCUUCAUCAAUUAUGUUGAGUUCGGAUUUAUUAGAUAAUUUAUAGAAUUUUACGGAAGAGCAAAUAAAAGGAUCAUGUAAACGCCAGAAAACGCUGCAAACCCUACACGAUGACAGUAUCGAUGGUGGCGUUGUAAGUUUGCUGUUAGCAGAAGUUGGCAAAUUGUAAUUCAUUUCAAUUACAAGCUGAUAACGAUCUAUAUUCAUUGAAACAAGUCGAGCAUAUUUAUCAAUCUAUGGUUUCAGAGAAGUGAAUUGAAUUUUUUAAAUAGAAAGUUGAUCGGACGCACAGAAGAUUAAGCGACACAACUGAUGAACAGAUGAAACUGAAAGAUGCGUUUCCAGAUAAUACUUUGCUUUCUGUUAUUUAGAUACUUAGGUAAUAAUAUUGAAAUAGAACUGAUCAAAAUUGAAUGAAAAAUUCACUCGGUGACAUCUCUCUCUCUCUCUUUCUCUCUUUCUCUUGCUCUCUUUCUUGAAUUGAUACGGCUAAUGAUCAGGCUCUUCGCAUGAGAGUGCCCGGAAUUGUUUGCUGAUUAAACUUCGUCAGCUUAGUUAGCAAGCAAUCUAAGCAAGCUUGCUUUCUCUGCCCUAACGUUUAUUGAUUUUUCAAUCAAUGUUUUCUCGUCCUCCUGCUUUUUUGAAUACAUUUCUCAGAUCCUAAGAAUAAUUGCUGUUACCAUUUCAACUUAAAUGCAUGGUGUGCAUGGUUUACAUGACUUUGUUGUUGUGUCUGAAACAGACUUCAUUUUAGAAUGCGUACAAGUAUUAUACGAAAUACAAUGGGAAGCAAUGUAGUGAAGAGAUCAGCAGCAACAACGCACUAUUCAAAUGAAAUUAUUUACUAUGAUCGUUUUAAUUGCUCUUCACUGUAUUAGAAUUAUAAAAAGAUAAAUGCGUGAUGUUUUUUUUUUUUUUUUUUUUUUUUUU